CGUCCGGAUCGGGUGCCGCCGCCAUGGUUCGCUUCAAGAACAGGUACGUGCUGUGCGAGGUGGUGUCGGAGGACCCACGGUGUCGGCAGUGCAUCGAGGACCGCGCGGUGGGCCUCGCCGUCAGGGACGCCAUCGGGCGGGUGCACGGGGACUACGGCCUGGCCUGCUGCUCCAUCUCCUUCACAGUGAAGUACCUGAACGCCUACACCGGGACCGUGCUCCUGAGGUGCCGCAAGGACUCGUACCGGCUGCUCUGCUCCGCGCUCCCCUUCGUCAGGCAGCUGGAGAGCCGCAACCAGCGCUACCCCUGCGCCCUCACCACCCUGCACGUCGGAGGUACCAUCAGAACGUGUCAGAAAUUUCUAAUUCAGUAUAAUAGAAGACAGCUCCUGAUGUUGUUGCAAAACUGUACAAAUGAAGAGGAAAGACAGUGUAUACAGAAGUCCUUGUUGAGCUGUUCCCUUACAGAAGAGCAGUCUCAAAGUGGAGAUGAGGAGGAUGAUGACGGCACAGAGACAGACUGAAUGUUACUUGUCACUGUUUACCUCUGUCAUGUACUUGUGUAAUCAAGAUGUUACCAAUUAUCUUCGGUGUUAAGCAGAGCAGGGGACAGAAAAAAGCAUCUGUUCAUAAUUAGACUUCAUUCCCCCAUUCUGAGUAUUCUUAAAUAAAUUUUUUAAAAAAUAAAAUACAGUUUUACUUAA